AUGACUCAAUUGGGCGGCAAAGCCCAUGGCAAGCCCCGUCAAAAAGCGUGGAAGCCUAAGGUCAAGACUGGGUGUGUCACUUGCAGGACUCGCCGUAUCAAAUGCGAUGAAGCCAAGCCUACUUGUGUGAGGUGUGCCUCGUCUGCCCGGAAAUGCGGUGGCUACACAGACGACCAGAACCAACAGGAGACAGGACUUUCAUGGCAGGAUCACUCAUGGCAGCACUCUUGGACGCCCUUGGCGGUGGAAGCAGACCAUUCACAGACCUCGAAAAGUUCCCAAGAGAUAUUGGCCUACCCGCAACUACUUGUCUUUGACAGCAAAGUCGAAGGACAGGCUUUCGACUUUUUUCGCUCAUAUUCCGUGCCAGAUCUGACAGCUUUGUUUCGCGUCGAUGAAGAUUUCUGGCAUGUCUCAGUCCUUCGCAUGUCCAUGACCCAACCAGCUGUACGGUAUGCGGUCACCGGUCUUGGGGCUCUUCAUCAGGUCUUCUCUCAUGGUUACCAGACUGUUGUGCCCGACGAUACGUCAGACGCUCAGGUACAAUUCGCCCUGCGCCAAUGUAAUCGAGCCAUCAAGGCGCUGUCUGCCAACGCUGGCCGUCAGGAUGAACCAAUUCAUAAAGUAUCAAUGCUCAUGACGUGCAUCCUCUUUACCUGCUAUUCCACCCUUCAAGGACAUCAGACUCAGAGUCUCAUGCACUUCCGCAACGGACUAAAAUUACUCGAAAGCCUGGAACGCUCAACGAGAACCUCGGGAACAUCAGCCACAUUGUAUGAUGAGCUGAUGGAGUCGUUUGUGUCCGCUUUUACCACCCUCGAAAACCAAGCACGAACUUUGAUAUGUGAUGAGAGACUACCGCCACUGGCUACGCAGAUUCGUGUGCAACAACCAAUGUGCACGAACGACACUUUGACUUUCCGUUCUCUUGUUGAGGUGCGAUCCUUCUUUGACUGUCUCCUGAGCGACAUGCAAUGCUUUGUCCAAGAAUCCGACGUGGAAGCUGAAUGGGUCCUUGCCGGAGCACGACCUCGAAGAUCGAGCGCAGACGGAUACCGAAUCCUUGUGGAUAGGAGCGCUAAUGGCAAAGCGGCUAUGGACAAGUUUCUGUCUCGACACAGUCCAGUGAGCGACCGAGAUCAGAAGACCGUCUUGGUGUUGCAGGUGCAUCAUUGUCUUCUAGACAUGUACCUGGCAAUAUUCAGACUGUCGUCCGAGUAUGGCGAUUUGGUCUGGGAUUGCUUCGAGUCAAGCUUUGAGACCAUGGUCAAUUUGUGUCGCCAGAUACUUGGGUGCACCGAUAAAGACCUGUACACCACGUUAUCAAAAGCAACGCAACGAAGAAUGGUCAAUGACUGUACGUCGGCCGGCAGCAGUCCUGAAGAUUGCAAUGUCCGGGAUACUGGCGCAAUUCUGUCAGCCAAGGGCGAGCAACCUAGGCCGGUCUUUGCCUUUAGCCAAGGUGUGGUUGGACCGCUAUAUAUCGUCGCCAUGCAGUGUCGGUCACCCAAGCUGCGUCGAGAAGCCAUCGCUCUGCUCCUACGGUAUCCCCGUCGCGAAGGACUUUGGGACAGCUUCAGUGCUGGGCGACUCGCAUUCGAGGCGAUGAGUCUCGAAGAGGAUAUGACGCAAAGAUGGCAGGCUCCUCAGGAUGGUGACUUUCAGGUGCACGCUGCUCAUGAUAUCCCUGCUCAAUGCAGGAUCAGAGACGUGGAAGUGGUGCAUAUCGGUGCUCGUCUUGCCAGAGUUCGAUUUCGAACCACAGAGGACUGCAUACGCAAAGAGCAAGCGAGUUAUGAGAAGUGGAUGGCUUGGUAA